CAGACAAACGGAGAGGAGAGGCCGCGCAAGCGCACACGCAACUGAAAUUGACAGGCAAGACGGUGCAGCGCUCCCGUCGCUUAGCGGGUUCAAGCGUAGCUUUACACAGCAAGCAUCCACAGCAAGAGUGCCUGAACCGGGGGAACGCAGAUUAAUUAUCCGCUACUGUAAAAAAAUAAAUAAAUAAAAAAUAAAAAACAACCCAAACAUGUCUGUGGGUGGCGACUUUGGGAACCCUCUAAGAAAAUUCAAACUCGUCUUCCUUGGGGAGCAAAGCGUUGGGAAGACGUCUCUGAUCACGAGGUUCAUGUACGACAGCUUCGACAACACGUAUCAGGCUACAAUUGGAAUUGACUUCUUAUCAAAAACCAUGUACUUAGAAGACCGAACGCCCUGUUCCUCUGAACUCCAGGUGAGGCUGCAGCUGUGGGACACGGCGGGGCAGGAGCGUUUCCGGAGCCUCAUCCCCAGCUACAUCCGCGACUCCACCGUGGCCGUGGUGGUGUACGACAUCACAAAUAUGAAUUCCUUUCAGCAGACUUCCAAAUGGAUCGAUGAUGUCAGAACAGAAAGAGGAAGUGACGUCAUCAUUAUGUUAGUGGGCAACAAAACAGACUUGGCAGAUAAGAGGCAAAUUACGAUCGAGGCGGGCGAGCAGAGAGCCAAAGAGCUGAACGUGAUGUUCAUCGAGACCAGCGCGAAGACGGGCUACAACGUCAAGCAGCUGUUUCGACGUGUGGCAGCUGCACUGCCCGGAAUGGAAAGCAUGCAGGAGACGAGCAAAGAAGGCAUGAUUGACAUCAAGCUGGACAAACCACAGGAGCCCCCCACCAGCGAAGGCGGUUGUUCCUGUUAAUACACAGUACCAGAUUGGGCAGCUUCAUUUACACCACAUGCUUGUUGUGUUGCUUCCUAUUGGUUAGCUUCCAGUUAAGUUCAGGUUGAAUAUUUGGCCUUUCCCAUUUGACUAUUGGUCAUUGGUUGGAACUAGUGUUACAUCAAUUUUCUGUUGUAAAAUAUUGUACUUUAUUAACUAAAUUGCCAAAAAAAAGAGAAAAAAAUCCAAUAAGGAAAAAAAGCAACAAAACAGUAGAAUUCCAAACAUGUGUAUACUUUUUUGAGAAACUAGAAUGGUAGUUUUUUUUGUUUUGUAUUUUUGUAUACUAAAGAAAAAGCACUGACAAAGAUGCAGACAACCUCAGUUUUCAGCUUGUACCAGAAUGGGAAGGAUUGGAAAAGGCCGUCCAAUGGCUGCAAAGUAGAAUGAACGGAAUUGCAUGCAAGCGGUUGCUUUGACUCCCGUCUGCUGGGGUCCGCCAGUUAAACAUGUUAACGCUUACUAACACUUGUGAACUCACGCACCGUGUGGAAACAACUAUUGUCUGUAAAACUGGAUUUGGAUAUUUGAGUUAGGAACAUGUCAGUAGUGUUUGUGUAAAUGUUCGCUAUUCAUACAGGCAACGUUAGAAUGCAAAUUCUGGCCUGACCGGGGCCCUUAGGAAAGCCAUGUGCGUGCCCCAUUGCUUACGGUUUGUUUUCGCUGACGGUAUUUCACAAGCUUUUGCGAACACUAAUAUUCACCGCAAUGUGCUGUACAGUAUUUAUAUCGUGAUCGCCCUUCAUUACAUUCAGUCUGUAUUCACCCACGUGAACAAUGGACAGCAGGUUCAGAUAAAAUCAAAGGGCUUGGCCUCCCUGCUUACGGACAUUCAUUGGCUCGGUUUCGAAUAUAUUUCAUGAUUUAUUUUUCGUCUGAAAAUGAAUCCUUAUUCGUCCAUCUGCGAUAUCUGUGAUUCGUUCCAGGGGUCCCUAUCUGUGUGUUCCCCAAGGCAAAUUAAGACAUGAGGAAAGGCCACACUGCACGUUUAGGCCUUGCUCAAUGCAAAGGACUCCGUGGUGAGUUUAGAGCCGGACCAAUGGGAGACGGCCGCUUUGGUGUCAGUUAAAGGCAGUGGUCAAUGCAGCCCAGCAAGGACACUGCAAACUUUGCAAAGCUGUCUGAGGAAUUGUAGGAGUAACAAAGUAGUUAACACGAUGCUUUAGUUUCAUUGUACGUCAUUAUACAUUAGUCUGCGUAAUAUGUGUGAUAUUUAUUUAUCCGUGAAGACGAUUCAAAAGUAAUACCGCCGUUUUUAAGAGCCAAGAACCGAAAAAGCACUGGAAGUAUCAUGGACCACUGACUGGUAAAGUACUUUUACUUUGAUGUCUUUCAUGAGGGAUCUUAAUGCACUUUUUGAUAUGUAUGUGUUUUGACAGCUAAUGUAAUAUAUAUAUUCCACUAGUCCAAUACUAAGUACUGAAGGAAUAAGCCCAUAAUCUUUAUAGCGGUUGGAAUGUCUUGAAGAGCAGAAUCAGAAAAGUGACUGGUGUUCCAGCAGUAUUGACGGUCACCAGGGGAACUUUCAUUUUGAAUAAGAAUGAAAGCUCGACCCACCUUAAACGAGCCGAAAAUGGUCUCCGACUGCAGGCGGAGCGCGUUGCUGGGUUUUUCUGCUUGUCGUUUGCUUUAACGCAAUGACACGGUGUGCUCCUGCUGCAUGCUCACAUCAAAGCUGAGGGGAUGAUUGCCUGCAAUGCUUUCGGUGUCAAGAGAGCAUACUGCUGCCUCGUCCGGGCCGUGUUUCCUUCAAUGACAACAAAAGAUACAUUUUCCCCACAGUGAAUUUAAAGCCUCAGAAUUUUUUUCAACGAUGAUUUAUCGCUGUUUAUUCUUUUUCACACCUGUCUGUGCCCUUACUUACACUGUAUAGAGAGAGCUGUGCUUGGUACUAGCAGACUAGCGAGACUCCUCCGUAAUGGGAUGUUGAUGAUGAAUGCCAGAAAUGCUUUUCAUUGUCAUUACAGAUUCAUAACAACCACUUUGUUUUUAGUAUGUACUUGCUGCCUGACAGGACUAUUGAAUAGGACACAGAACCUUGUUUUUAAAAAGAAAAUCACACUUAGGGGUAGGAUGGACAGGCGCUCCCUGUAUACCUAAUCUGGGACGGCCCCCACACUGUAAAGUAUGCCACUUACCACAUUAAAGAUGAGGGAAUCUUAGUAGGCUUCCAUGUUGAACGUUGUUGGUGUCAACUCUUUGGUUUGCUCUCUGUUCUCUCUCUCGGUAUUUAUUACACUGGUGCCUUCUCGGAACACACAAAGGCAUGCAAAGCUCUUCUUGUAGGGCUCAUCCCUACCGUUGAACUCUGUGUAUAGAGGAGAGCCUCGGGGAUAUAUUUGGGGCAGGGGUUAUUUAUUGAUUGACUGAUCAAUUAAUUGACAUGUGUACUUGAUAAUGUUUAUUGUUUUUUUUUUUUUUCUGGAGUGUGUUGGACUCUUCUGAGCUGAUGUAGUAACAGGGCAUUAGAGUAGCAGACCCACCCGUACCGCGACAGUGCCCGUAAUUUGGCGCCCCCUUGUGGGAAACGUUGAAAUCACUGCAGAUUUAGGUUUCACCUGAUUGGUGAGGGUGGUGGGGGGGGGAAGGGGGCGCACAGUCGUUGGGCACUGCCCAGCUCACACAUAAUGUUCAGAUAACAUCUCUGUGACGUGGGAAUUGCGCCACAACACUGGCGGAGGGUCGCAGUGACGCUUAGAGAACGUUGCGUGUAAGCUGGGCUCUGUUGCGAAGGGUGUCAAUGUCACAGCUCUGUGGAGCAGACCUGGUUGACUCCGAGCUGGUUCUCCAUUCACACUGUAUAGAGACUUAGCAUGUCUGUCUAAAAGAUCAAUAAAAUGUCUUAUUACCAAAUUAA